GGGGAGAGGCCAAUGAGACACAGAGAGGGAGAGCAGUGAGGCGAUUCCUGCCUCUGAGCUGGUUCUUCAUUAACUGAUUUUUACAGCUCUCCUUGCUCAGGUGCUCUCUCUCUCAGAGUGAACAUAAGGGGCGACUCACAAUAUCACUGCAUGAAGAAACAUUCAUUGGACACUUUUCUCAGUCUUACCAGUCAGUCCAGUUUUUUUUCUUUCUUCUUUUUCUUUUUUAUCUUCUGAAGGCAACAGUCAAGCUUUCUGGGAUCUGUUCACUGACAGGAGUUCACUGCUAAGGUGUUGUUUCUGUUCGAUCACAGUUGUCAGCUUGCAAGACGCGUUUGUUUGUUUGUUUGUUUUUUUAUAUGGAAGAAUGAGCAGCUUCAUUUAUUUCGUCCUCCCCGCGCUGGGAGGAUACACUCUCACCUCGCUGUACCUGCUGAGGAACCCACACAUUCUGCACAGGAGGAAACGCACGGCCUUUUUCUGCACACACAUCUCACACAGAGGAGGGUGUGGAGAGAGGAUAGAAGGCACCAUGGAGGCGUUCACACAUGCGGUGGAACAGGGCACACACAUGCUGGAGCUGGAUUGCCACCUGACACGUGACGGACAUGUGGUGGUGUCACAUGACGAGAAUCUGCUCAGGCAGACCGGACAUGACAUCAACAUAUCCUCACUCAAUCUACAGGAUUUGCCUUUGUAUAAGGAGAAACUGGAGGUGACAUUUUAUGCUGGUCACUACAGCAGCGGCGCAGACAGGACGAUUGCUCUGCUCGAGGACGUGUUUAAGAAGUUUCCUCAUAUACCUGUCAGCAUCGAGAUCAAAGAGUACAACUGUCAGCUGAUAAGAAAGGUGUCUGAUCUGGUGCAACAAUACAACAGAGAGGAGGUGACAGUCUGGGCUUCAGUGGACGGCAGCAUCAUGGGGGAGUGUCGCAGAGCGAACGGCUCAAUGCCGUACAGUUUCAGUGUGAGCCACGGUGUGCUGCUUCUGCUUCUCUUCUACAGCGGCCUGCUGCCCUUUGUGCCACUGGGCCAGAGUUUACUGCAGUUCUACUUGCCGCGCAUCUUCAACAGGACGUUCAUACCUGAGAAGCGCAUCCUGAGAAACAGGCUGGUGGUGUCUUUGUUAGAAAAAGUAACGAUGAGGAAGAGUCUUUUUAAACACCUUGCAGCCCGUGGAAUUCAGGUGCAUUUGUUUGUGUGCAAUGAAGAUGAUGACAUAAAGGCUGCGUUUGACGUGGGAGCUACCGGGGUGAUGAGCGACUACCCGACUGUUCUGUCAAGGUACCUCUGCAGAAACACAGCCCAGGACUGACCACAGGACACAUCAGGCCAUGAUGACCAGCAUGCGUUUAAUCAAUCAAUGAGGAGUCUGUAAAAAAGAAAGAAAGAAAACACUGUAAAUAAGAAAUAAAUUAAAAGUGUGACACUCGUGUCAAUCGUCUGUGACAAGAUGAGACAGAGAAGAUUUUGAACUUGGCGUUCAUCUCAUUAAUCUUGUUGCUAGAAUAACUUGUUUGUGGUAUGAUCAGUAACCAGGUCCUCCACCCACUGUCGUUCAGACUCCACCCUGUGUUCAAAGAAACAGUCAUUGAUUUUUACUGUGUUAAAUCAGAGUGAAUAUUUAACCAGCUGAACCAUGUUACUUAACGCCACAUUUCUCAUGAAAAAAAUAAAUAAAUGUGACUUUGUUUUUA